AUGCCUAGAAGUAUCUACGACAAAGUACAAUUAGGUUCAUUAAAAGCAACAGGUCUGAUAAUUCAACUUGCAGAUAGGAGUAAUGCCUACCCUGAUAGUGUUUUAGAAGAUGUUCUAGUGCAAGUAAAUGAGUUAGUCUUUCCGGCUGACUUUUAUGUUUUAGACAUGGGACCUAAUGAUAAUUCGAUUGAUGUGCCCUUACUCUUAGGUAGACCUUUUCUUAAGACUGCUAGAAGGAAAAUUGAUGUUCAUAAAGGAAAUUUAACUAUGGAAUUUGAUGGUGAGAUAAUUAAAUUUAAUAUAUUUGAUGCUAUGAGAUAUCCCACUGAUAUUAAUUCCGUGUUUACUCUUGAUGUAAUUGAUAAUUUUGUUCAAGAUGUUUAUGAAUUAGGGAAUGAGAACGAGUUGAAAAUCGUUCUAGCUAAAGGCAUUUUUGAUAUUGAUGAGCAUGAAUUUAUCGUUUCUGAUUCUUUAAUUGACUCAGUUUGUGCAUUAGACUCACCCAAAUUGACACGAUUCAAGCCGAUCCUCCCUAGCCUUACGGUGACUGGUAAGCAAGUUCCUUCAUUGAUUUCACCACCUAAAUUGGAGUUAAAAGAGCUGCCCGAAAAUUUAAAGUACAUCUUUUUAGGUAAAAAUCAAACCUUGCCAUUAAUAGUGUCAAAUGCUUUAACCGAAAUCCAAGAAUCUAACCUGCUCAGAGUUCUUAAAGAGCAUAGAAAAGCCUUCGAUUGGACACUAGCCGAUAUUAGGGGGCUUAGUACAACUUUAUGCACUCACAAGAUAGCCUUAGAGCCAGAUUCAGUCCCCAAAAGAGACCCCCAAUGCCGAUUGAAUCCUCCAAUGAUGGAGGUAGUUAAGACUGAAAUUUUAAAAUGGUUGGAAGCCGAUGUCAUUUAUCCUAUAGCUGAUUCAAAAUGGGUAAGUCCAAUUCAUGUUGUACCUAAGAAGGUAGGAACCACAAUAGUUACCAACACAGAAGGGUUAGAGAUUCCUACAAGAGUGCAGAACGGUUGGCGGGUACCCAUCGCACCUGAAGAUCAAGAGAAGACCACUUUCACUUGCCCAUUCGGAACUUACGCCUUCAAGAGAAUGCCUUUCGGAUUGUGCAACACACCAGCCACUUUUCAAAGAGUUCUUAGGUGUUGCAUUGAGACUAAUCUGAUAUUGAAUUUUGAGAAAUGUCAUCUCAUGGUUGAAAAGGGUGUAGUGUUGGGGCAUGUCGUCUCAGCUAAAGGAUUAGAAGUCGACCAAGCCAAAGUCAAGGUAAUUAAAAAUCUACCUUAUCCAAGUAAGGAUGUCACAUUUGAAUUUAAUGAGAGUUGUAAAAUAUCUUUUGAUGAAUUGAAAUUGAAAUUGAUCACGGCUCCUAUCAUUCAAGGACCGAAUUAUGCAUUACCCUUCGAGAUUCUAUCUGAUGCUAGUGAUAGGGCUGUUGGUGGGGCAUUAGGAUAG